UUGUCUACAAGACAACAAGCGUCAGGCAUACAUACAGGAAAAGUUUGGGGCCCGGGUUUCUGUCAGUUAAGGACAACAGAUCCCUGUGCGUGUGUAUGUGUUUGUGUGUGUGUUUGUGUGUGCGUCUGGCUUACAGCUGUCAACUUACAGAACAGCAUCUUACAUCGGUGCUAGAAGUGUUUAUGAGAAGGUUCACCUAUAUGAAGAAAGGGGGAUAUUGGACAGGAAAUGGUACAGUGAGUACAUUGAAAAGUGCUUGAAAAAGAUCAAGGAGGUCAAAGCAAUGAUGGUCGAUGGCUGUGCAGAUACCUGUAAAGUUCUUAUUGAAGAAACUCCUGAGUGCUUCAUCUGCAAAGACGUGCAGCUGGUGGACGGAGAACAACUGAAAAGGUUUUGCGACUGUAAAAACCUCAUGGCGCAUCAUAGUUGCCUGCUCACUUGGGUCAGAACGGGGCUGAAGAGCGAGGAUCAGCUGAAGUGUCGCUUGUGUAAUGCAGAGUACAAGCAGCAGAGAGUUGCCCCAUGGCAGAUCGUGGUAUCUCAGUGGCAUUUUUGGCUUGUGCUGGUGGUGACAAUGAUGCUGGUGGCCCUGGUUCCUUACACCGUGUACCGCAUGCUGACAGCCUUCGAUAACCCUCCUCUACAUACUGUCUUCAACAUGGCUGCCAUCUGCUUUGGCGUUCUCUCUGAAAUCCUGCUGCUCAGGCUCUUAUACUGCUAUGUCACCAGCCGUUUCCGGAAAGCACAGUGGGCUUCCUUCAGUCUUCAGCCUCGGAAACUGGAGGAGGAGGAGCUGGAGGCUGGGGUCAGAGGUCACAACCACAAGGCAGAUGCCCUCUGGCAAUGGAAAAGCAGCCCUGUGGUGGGAAAGGCAAAGCAGAUUGACUCACAGUGAUUCAUUUAACUUCUGGACAGGAUGGAGCGUCUGCCUGCUGCCCUGAUGGCUGCGUGUCAGCAGUACCAACCUGGCACAAGCAGCUGAGCAUCACAUACCCGGUCUCACAUGGAAUUCAUAGGAAUGUGAAUAAAGAUUGAAUACAUUUAUGUUGGAUUUCACCCAAACCCUUUCCUGGAUCAUAAACAUUCACAACAUGGCCUAUGUCUUGGUAGCAUUACUUCAAUAUCUUGAGUGUGGAAGGAUAGAAGGAUUUGCCUGUUUUCACUCUUGUUGCACUUGAAUUGGUUUAAAGCCAAAAUCCAAUGCUGUCCAAGCAUGGUUGGUGUGGGUCCAGAAUUUCAUUCCAACCAGAAGCGCACCUGAUUCGACUGAGCAAACUCUUGCUUAAUGACUUAUUAUUGCUUGAUCAGUCGAGUCUGAUGUAUUCUCACUGGAAGGAAGCAUGCAGUGAUUCAUGCCUCUUCUUUGUAGUUGAAGGCAAAAUGUAUGUUUAUAACAAGUUGUAUGUGUUAUGUUUAAAUGUUGGAUUUGUUGAUUGCACCUGUCACUUUUAAAAGAGUUACCUAGAACUCAGUCCAGACUAGCUAAAGUGUAGUAGCAUGAGGAGGUGUUCAUUCAGUUCACCUGUAGACUGAAUCAGUUUCCAGUGUCUGCAUCAGAAGCCCAUUAUCUGUCUAAGACAAAAAAGCAUGGCAAAGUUUUAAAACAAAUCUGGUUGUACAGAUUUAAUGCUUUCUCUUUUCUUCAAUCAUCCAACUUCAAUAGAACUGCUUUAUUGUGGUCAGGGCCUCUGUGGUGUAAAGUACUCAUCUUCAGAAAUAAAACCAAUUGUGUUCACUAGAAAAUAUUACAAACUGAUGAUAUUGUGCAUGCAAGAAAAAUUAAUCUGCAUUUCCUUUGAAAUUGGGGCUGGGGAUUGUGGGUUUGGGGUCUAUGUAACCUAGUAACCUGUGGUCAUGCCAAAUUCCCAUAACUACAACCUAGAUCCAAGACAGGAAUAGACCUGGGCUGGGACCAGGGCAACACACACAUAAACAUUAACUCCUAAGGGCAAUUCACCUUAACAUUAAGGAUAUCAAAGAACCUGGAGGAAACCUGUGCUGAUGCAGGAAGUUCAUGCAUAGAUCACCACACAUGAGCCACUCAGAGACUGAACCAUGGUCCCUGAGCUUUGAGAUGUAUUUAAUUGAGCCAAAAAGGACUCCGGUUAUAGUCAUAUCUUGUGAAGAUUACACUUUCCUUACAUGCACAAUUUAAAAAAUAGAGUCUGCACAAGAAAAACAAGACAUAUGCGGUAGUUUUAUCAGCAGAUGUGAUUAGUUUCUGAACUACACUCAGUGUGAUUUGACCUUUACUCUUAAUUAGAUUUGUUGGAAAUGAGAGUAAACUGAUAGUUGUGUUGUUUCUCAUUAUAAUAUUAAUAUUUCCACAGUUUUCUGCCAUUUUAUAAAGAACUGUUUUUGUUUUUAGGGAAACAGUCUUCAUCUGCUUGAUAUCUCGUUACAUUUCUACAUCAACAAAUGUAAAAUUAUAUGCAGCAUGACUGCAAUACCCAGGUGUUUGCUGUUUAGGGGUGGUUUCAAAAUUUGCUUUUCCUUUAAAAGCAGUGAUUAUAUUCCUCCGUGAAUGCGGUCAUGUAAAUUUAAUUUUCUACUAUUGGCAGCAAUGGAAAUUUAAUUUUCGCUAUUGGCAGUAAAAUACAUGGUGCAAGUUGUAAAGUCAUAUGCUUUCACUUUUAUAUUGCUUACCAGGCAUUUGUUUGAGAUACCACUCUCAUUUGACUGUGAU